AUGCCCCGCCGCAGUCUCGACCCGAUCAUCCAGAAUUUGGCAAAUAUACCAGAUGAGCUGGCACUCAAAAUCAUCGAUGACCUCUGGGUCUGGACCGCCAUGGAACUACUAGUUGCAAAUCAGCCUCGAGUCAAUGAUUUACUUUUGGCUCAUGAACAAUGCAAAUCUCUUCUCGGCGACAAUGCAGAAACACAAGCCAAAACUCGAGAGCGACUCAGAAGUUAUUUUGAUCUCGAAGCAAGCAUUCCAAUCCUUCAUUUCCACCCCGUCGACCAGAUGAAUCGGGUGUAUUCAAUGACUACUCUCGCCUCAAGUAGAUAUAGGUCUCGGAAUUGGACCAGCUUCCUGCACGAGGAUCUGACACCCGAUAUGGACGAACAUAUCUACAAGACACUUCACAACUGGCCAAAAUUGGAUCUGAAUCAAUAUGCGGUGAAGCCAAUUCCACCAAUUGAUGUAUUUUCGUCCGUUGAACGAUUUAGAGAGCACUGGGACGCUCUUCAGCUCGCAAAAGAAAAUUUGGUGGAUCAAUGCGCCUCUCAGCUUCGUCGUGCCGCGAUACUUUUGGAAGAGAAUCCAGAUAUCUUGAAACGAACCUUAGACCCAGAGCAGAAACGUCGUGCAAAUACUGGGCACGUAGUAUCUCGAUUGAGGUCUGAUAUCGGUCGAUUAUUCCGCCUACAUAAAGUCCACCCAUUCGCCAAGCUGGAGUUCUUUCGAUAUGAAUUCUUUCCCAUAAUCCCAUUCGAUGAGGCGCUGGCGAAGCUUCUCAACUGGACGGAGGAGUUUGGGAUUGUAGCUGGUGAUCAACUGUGCAAUCCUGAAUCUCGACAUUCUCCAUCCAUCAUGGAAACUGCUCGGGUCGUGGUUGACGAUAUGCCCUUUUUCUAUCAAUCGCUUCCGGUGGGUCAUGCCGAAAUGGCUAGAGAAGCCAUCACCAAUGAAAGAGACGAGGGGAUCCGCACAGUGAAAACGCCUUGGUCUACGGAGCCUGCCAGCUGGGUCCAGGAGGUGGAUUCGCCAGCUAUCACGCUACAUAAGCUCGAAAAUCCCUCGACUUGCAGACUCAAUGCUGGACUAAAGGGAUAUGGACCUUUUGAUAAAGAGAAAGAGCAAUGGUUGGUGUCUUUUGUUGAAUUCUAUCGAUACUUGGAGGUUUUGAAGAGCUCCCAAAUCGACUGA